CGCACCCGCCCAGCCGCGGGGCCGCCUCCGGCAUGCGGAGCUGCAAGAUGGUGCGGGUGGCCAGCGUGCUGGGGCUCGUCAUGCUCAGCGUGGCGCUGCUCAUCCUGUCCCUCAUCAGCUACGUCUCGCUCAAGAAGGACAACAUCUUCGGGGCGCCCCGCGCCGCCGGGCCCCGCAUGUACAUGUUCCACGCGGGAUUCCGGUCUCAGUUCGCACUGAAGUUCCUGGACCCCUCGUUCGUGCCCCUCACCAACUCCCUGGGCCAAGAGCUGCAGGACAAGCCCUCCAAGUGGGUGUUCAACCGCAGCGCCUUUGCCCACCAGAGGCAAGAAAUCCUUCAGCAUGUUGACGUCAUCAAAAACUUUUCUCUGAUCAAGAGCAGCGUUCGGAUCGGGCAGCUGAUGCACUACGAUUACUCCAGCCAUAAGUAUGUGUUCGCCAUCAGCAAUAACUUCAGGUCUCUGCUGCCUGACGUGUCUCCCAUCAUGAACAAGCACUACAACAUCUGUGCCGUGGUCGGCAACAGCGGCAUCCUGACCGGGAGCCAGUGCGGGCAGGAAAUUGAUAAAUCGGAUUUUGUCUUUCGCUGCAACUUUGCUCCAACCGAGGCUUUCCAGAAAGAUGUUGGAAGGAAAACCAACCUUACCACCUUCAACCCCAGCAUCCUGGAGAAGUAUUACAACAACCUCUUGACCAUUCAGGAUCGCAACAACUUCUUUCUAAGUUUGAAAAAGCUUGACGGGGCCAUCCUUUGGAUCCCCGCUUUUUUCUUCCACACGUCGGCGACAGUCACGAGAACACUGGUUGACUUCUUUGUUGAGCACAGAGGGCAGCUAAAGGUCCAGCUGGCUUGGCCAGGAAAUAUCAUGCAGCACGUUAACAGGUACUGGCGGAACAAGCACCUGUCCCCGAAGCGGCUGAGCACAGGUAUCCUCAUGUACACCCUGGCCUCGGCCAUCUGUGACGAGAUCCACCUGUACGGAUUCUGGCCCUUCGCCUUCGACCCCAACACGCGGGAGGACCUCCCGUACCACUACUACGACAAGAAGGGAACCAAGUUCACCACCAAGUGGCAGGAGUCCCACCAGCUGCCUGCAGAGUUCCAGCUGCUCUACAGGAUGCACGGUGAAGGACUGGCCAAACUCACCUUGUCGCAUUGUGCCUAAGAACCUAAAUCUUGAAGUGCCAAACAAUUGUCUAAAAAAGUGCCCAAAACCAAAUUAAACAUUCUUCAGAUAGAAUUCUAAAAAGGAAACAAACCCACCCUAGAAUCUUUUCCAUAAUUUAAAGAUGCUUUUUAGCUACUGCUCAUCCAAGGUUUCAGCGUAUUUAGCGGUGCAGAAGCUUUUAUCAUGUUCUGUGGAUGCGAUUUGUGCAGCUGCAAAGUUGAAACAUUUUGCAUUUCUAGAUAAGCCACUCAGUAUGUUUUAAUAUCUGUUCAUAUUUUAGCAUUCUACUAAACACCCUAAAUAAUUUUGUUGUUCCUUGCCAUUAGAGCUAGAAAUGCUACUUUUAAAAGGUUUUGCUUCUUUUGUAUCUGUUGCUGUCAAUAGCUCAGCGUUGCCGUGGCCGAUGGAGGAAGCCACUCGGAAUUCCAGCCCAUUGUCACACACAAGCUCCUCAGUGUGGAUCCUGAUUUCCACCGCUUGGGUAUUUUCCUAUUUACUGAAUUUUACAUUUUUUAAAGAAUAACAAGAAGAAGGUCACAAAGUGGCUCAUACCUUAGCUAGGUGUUUAUAUCACUCUUGGAAUACUUCAGUGUUUUAAUUCCUUUUGGGACAGAUCCUAGUCCAGACUAGACAGACGGAGGCAUGUUCAUUCCCAUCCUGGAUAGCUGAUGCUAUUCUGUCAUUUGAUUUUAAACUUAAACCACCACAAUAUAGAGAAUUAGGCUUCUCUGGAGACCUAUUUGGUGAGAAAAGCCCCAAACCCCUUCCCUCUGCUUGGGCAGGGACUGGCAGGAUGGGCAAAAAUGGAAGCCAGGUGCUGGGAUUUUUAAAACCAGUUUUUGUAGGGAAGUGAGCAGAGCUGGAGGGCAGGGAAGACGAAAUGCCAAGAACAAAUUUCCCCAUUUAUGUCUGUAACUCACCAGUCAGCCAGCUGGAGCAGUGUCCCCCUUCUCCAUCACCAGCAGCACUCCAAGGCAGACAGGGCAGCUGCUUCCUUGGCACCACAGGAAAUCCAGCUGUUUGGGGACAGGACAAACAAUAGGGUCACUUACAGUUGGGGAGUGUUGGCCAUUACAUCUCAGGAUAAAGGAGCCUGGGAAAUAACUGGGUUUCUUAUGAGUAUGAGUAUGCUGGCAAGUAUUUAACCAUUUUUUACUGUUCUGAGUGAGAACUGACCCCACAAUGACAGAAGAUGCAAAAUCCAGUAUUUAAAAUGGCACAAGUUAAUUUUCCUUAGCUUCUUUACCUGUGUUCAGACAUAGGAGAUGAGGAAGGAGAUCUCCAGCACAGCACCCAAGCUGAGCAGCCCAGGCAUGUCCUGGUGC